ACCAGGUCCUUUUGGAUUUUGCGACUGCUCUGGCUGGCUGCCAGCUGCUUGUUUGGAUGGGUGGCCAUGGGAAUGGGAAUCCGCAAUAAACCAGGACCCACCAGGAACUACGAGGAAGUGACGAAGGCAACGGCAUGGCAACGGCAUCUGGAGCAGCAGCAAAAACCCAAAACUAUUUGCACUCAACGGCGGCAACAAAUGUUGCUGCGGUGUUGCCUUGUGCUACUUACUGCUGCCAUUUGAUGGCUGGCUAGAUGUCGAUGUUUUUGCCCUGUAACAUCCAACAUCCAACAUCCUUGCCAGGACAGGAUCCCAAAGUAUUCCUCGAUGUCGAGCUGUGCAAAUAUGGAGGCGCCUGGUGAUGUGUUUACAAGUUUGCGAAUUGUUGUCAUUGUCGUCAGCUGGCCGAGCUUCAACUGGCUGUGGCUCCCCUCAAUCUUGGCCAGCACUCGGUGCUCAGUCUCAGCCCGCUUUUCAUUACCAAUUGGUAGUCCCUUCCCCCGGACCCAGGACCCAAAUGCAAACAUCAAUCAAGCUGCAUUAUGCAAAUAUUCGCUCGAAAGUUGCAACAAAAGCGCAUCGAGCUUGGGAAGAAGUGAAAGACGACAAAUGGGAAAUCGGAAAUGGGUUUGGGUUUGGGUUUGGGUUCGGUUUGGGGUUCGGGUUCUGGAUUGGGGGCUAGAGAUUGGAGAGCAGCCUGUCAGACGUCAAAAAGCAGUUGCUAUCCGUUUCACCGCCUUCCAUAUACCAUCAUCCAUCGCUGCUGUCAGUUGCAUUACUAAGACAACAAGAGGAUGGUUCAUCAGCUACACUUCAAUGAAAUACUGAAUGGCAUGCAAAAUGUUUCUAAAGUGUUUCUGAAAUGUGAAAUAUUUGAACCAAAAAUAUAUAUUCACUUUU